UUUCUCAAUUUAUUUUUGGGUUUAAAUAGUCAAUGAGGCUGUGGUAGUGGACUAGUCUUCACCAAUAUGUCAGCUUUAGCUUUUGUGGUAGCAAUUGCAGCGUGCACCAGCCAUGCGUUUGUCAUGGCAGAUUUUUGCAUCCCCAUCAGUUCUGGCCCAACUACUGGCUACCCAAUAACACUGGCGAAGACAGUCCUUGCAGCCGGCCCUACCGACUGGCAAAUUCAAAUUCCUGACCUCACCUAUUGUCCUACAGUCGUGGGAGUUACAGCACAAAUAUGCGACGGUGAUGCUCAACCAGAGGCCCACUUUGUGAGCUUAAAACUGAUCCACAUUCAUCGCGUCUAUGGCUUCACUCCAGCCUACAUCCAGCCCACAGUAUACUGCCAAAGCGUUGGAUCUUCCAAGUUAAGCAACUUGGGAUCAUACUCAAGCCUUUCCCCUAACUCUGUUUUACAAUUACCAUCGCCUCUAAAAGCAUAUAGCCAAACAUAUUCUUCACUAACUUUCCCCCAAUCUCUUCUAGGUAACUCUCUUUCACUCUCAUCUCUUAGUGACUCUUCUAAGUCUCUUUUAAGUCAGUCUGUAGCGGAUCAAAGACUGCAUGCUAGCGCGAAUGCAGCCCCACUUUCAAGCGGUCUGAAUCGCUUGUCAAAACUAAAUAUUUCCCCAUAUUACGGCAAUUCUGAUCAGUCAGUUUUGGAUCAACAACUUCACUUGAGUUCCCUUUUGGGUCAGUCUCCGCAAUCCAGUUUGAGUUUGUCUGGACUUCCUAAAUUGAUUGUGACUCCUCUUUUGGGCUCAUCACAGUCGGUUUACGGUCAGUCAAGUCCACAACUUAGUUUGUCGUCACUAUCUCCUUCAUCAUUGGUUGCCCAAUUAGGUCCUUCAUCUGGCCUAGACGGUUCAGGCUCUGUUCUUCCACGUGCUACGGCUUCCCCGCUUUUGAACCUAUCUCAAAAACCGUUGUCAUCAUCUCUGUAUGCAUAUUAAUCAGUUUGUUUUAUCACUAGCUUUCUCCUUAAACGGUUUUGGUCACAAUAGAUGAUGUUAGACGCCUCUCAUGUAGCAAUUUUCCAAUCUUAUUCUAUCUUUUGUGUAUUGGUUUGUUUGUAUGCUAUAGGUUUGGCAUUUGUUAUGUUAAAUUCUAAAGUUUGGUACUGUCUAAAAUCUAAAUUUCAAUUCUGUGUAACUUUUAAAUAAAUGAAUUUUCCUUUAAA